GAAAGUCGUGACGCGAUUGGUCGGCGUGGUGGCCGCACCGCGAAUCUCCCCGAGAGCAGUCGCUUCCACGAUCUCGCAGCGGGUGGGUUGUAGCACGGCCGAAAAAGCAAAACACGCGUUCGCCGCGGACGGUAAUGGCCGCCGUAGUAGCAGGCUAGCCGUCGAGGAAGAGGACUCGCGUGCGUGCUACGUCCUCUCGCCCUGAGCCUGAACGCGCGUCCAUUCUUAUACAAUUGAAACGUGUACAGUUUAACGAUACCGAUCCGGUCAACGAUACGCGUGGUGAGAACUCGUCGAAGCUUUUCUAGUACAAACUUCGUGAUCCAGGAAGAUUUAUUAUAUCCUGUAUGAUAUCUUACUAGAGCCGGUUGAACAGUGCGUGCGUGCACCAGCAGUGUAUGUGGUGGCCAGCCAUUUUUCAAUGUGCUACGCCGGUCCAUGACCCUUUGUCUCAUCUCUACGCGUUGGAUUUACUGACUCGUUGGCCGCACCCGUGGCCACCACCUUCUUGGAUUAUCAUUCGACUUCUCGCUCUGGAUUAUCAUCUUCCUCCUCUUCUGUCUUCUGCUGCUGCUGCUGCUCCAGUUACUACUGCCACUAGGCACUGACGUGGGUGGAUCCUCCGAUGCGUCGAAUGGGACGGGGAUGAUGGCGCGGGAGCCGUACGAAAGUCCCGAGGAUUCACGUGGACGGUGAGAAGAGUGGAAGGGCAUGCGGGGAGAGAUAGGGAUGAUAAUCGAGUGAUAGGGAGAGAUAAGAGAAAAAGAAAAAUUUGAAAGUAACCCAACCUAACCUCUGAGCUCCAUGAAGAAAUGUCAAGGCGAGCCAGGGAUACGAGUUCCUCCUGCCAGUAGAGUCAGGCGCACUUCAGAGUCCUGGGAGUCUGAACAAGUUGGAGUGGCGGCACCGGGUCGGCGGGGGAGAGUGCUCUCUCGCUGAAGACCAUCCGAAGAAACUUUUCUCCUUGGACGUGGUGAAGCGUUAUCGAGGCAUGAGGUACCCAGGGUGGUCCAUCGUCCACUGGUAGAGUUGGUCGGAAGUGGCCAAGAUAGAUAGAUAGAUAGCUAAGGAAGUGAAAACAAAAAAAAAAAAGACAAAAGUAUACAGCGCGAGCUUCAGAAGCUCGUAAUUGAGAGAGCUUUCGUAAUAAACGUCAUCGAGGAUGCCCUCGAUUUUACCACUGCUUCUGGGCACGCUGGCCUACCUGAGCCACGUACUCGGCGCAGGCGACGGCGGCGCCAACAGUCCGGUCUUCGAUCUGGACAACGUCGCCCUGGAGAAGAAUCUCAAAGCUAUAUUCAACAAGGUCGCGCACAGCUCGGCCACGACCAAACGCAGCGUACCGGUCUACGAGGCGCAGAUGUCGGCGAGCACGACCCUGUCGACGGUGCCCUCGCCGCUCACCACGACCCCCACGGUGCCGUCGAUCAGGUACCCCAUACCCAGAGCUACGGUGUCGCCGACGUUUCGGGAAGUGCCGUCCUAUCCUCCGUUGUCGAGGACCUUCUUCACGCCUCCUUUACCUCCUGAGAUUCUCAAUCCCUUCCGGGACAAGCCCACUCUGCGGGGGACCAAUUCGGACACGCACACGGGUCCGAGGAGACCCGUGCCGCCACCCAGUCUGACCCCGGCUCACGAGAGGAUACCCAUAAGGCCGCCUGAUCUUGCUCAGCGACCCUCGCAGACGCCGGACAAGUCCUCGUCCUCGUCGUCCAGGAACAAACCCUUGAACACACCCAGCAAAGAGCAGACCAAGUCUGCCGAGACGGUGGAGCAGCUCGAGCGCAGGAACAGCACCACCAGCGAGUUCGUACCCACGCUCCAUUACCCCAGUAUCUCUCGGAUACUGUCUGGGAGCAACGGCAGGAAGCAGGAUAUACCUGAGAUCUUGCUGAAACCAAUCUCGACCAAGGUACCACCGAUUCUUCAGAACGUACCUUCGGCAUCUAGCACCGAGAGACCUACGACGAUGAGCAUCGCCACGACAACGACCAUCCGGACGACCACCAGGUCCUCGAAGGCCGUCACGCAUCCUACUAUAUUUAAUUUACCCAACACGAGACGUCAGGAUGACGACACAGCCAGCGACGUCGGCUUCAAGAGUGAGAACAACGCGAUCGUCGACGCGGAGAGGUUACCCCGUCCGCAACCUCAGCCACCGGCACCGUCCAAGCGGCCACCGGGUAGCAACCUCGUAGUGCCCCACAUGGAGACCCAUCCUCUGGAGCCAACCUGGAGGAUCGCCUGGUCCCUUCACGUCUACGUAGCUGCCAUCACCUUCACUCUGAUGGCUCUUUACUCAAUCUACAAGAUCGUCCGCUUCAACGAAGCCACCAACCUCCUCACCCAGUCCUACUUCCUGACGGUCCAUCUUCUCCUGACCACCGUCUGCACCCUGCGCUGCUUUCAUCUCUUCUACGACGCUUACAAUUUCGGCAGCUCCCUUCCGGAACCUCUGUCGGAAGUCCUCAUGUUCCUGCCGGAGCCAUUGCUCUCGACGGCGUUCGCUACCCUCGUCCUCUACCUGGCCAGGUGCUCGGAAGCGCCGUCGCUCAACAACAAGUUCCUCUCACCAGCCGCCGUGGUCCUGUGCUCUACGGUGCACAUAGUCAUCUGUAUCACUCUCCACGUCUCCAGCCACGUACUGGGUUACAAGGACAAGGACAGGAUACUACCACUGAUCUAUCAGUGCAUCUACACCGUCGUCUGCGUCACCCUGGGACUGUGCUACAUGUACGUCUACCGCGUGGUACGCUCCCAGAUUCAGAUAACGAACAGCAAGUCCGUGGGUGGCGGAAGUCAUGCUGGUGCCGUUGAUCCCACGACGGUUGCCCUGGGCACAGCCAUUACGACCACCAUCGCCACGGCUCUCCUCUACAUCCUCAUGGGUUUCGUCCAGCUGUACGGCGUCUUCUGGGUCCGGGAACGUCUUCUACCGUAUCCCUGGCUCUGGUGGGGCUGGCAGUUCUCGGUACGUCUAUUGGAGCUCUCCAUGUGCGGCCUUCUUGCCUGGGUGGCCAGUCUCUCGCAGUAUCCCCUGCGCGAGAAGCAACUUCAGCAGCACUCGGCCCACUCGGGCUUCGCCCUCUUUCCCUGCGGAAGCUCCACGUCCACCGAGAACAUGGACGACGUUCUCUAUCCAGCCAUAUGCAGCACCAAUCAGGCCAUACAGAAUUACACUAUGCGAACCGGCAAACAGGUAUACGACGACAGCUUCCCGCUGAACACUCUACCGGAACACCUGAACAUCUCCGGGACCUUCGAGAGACACUCCAUAAGGAAAUCCGGGACUCUGGCUCACUUUCCGCACGAAGGAGCCGCGGCGGCGGCUGCCGCUGCUGCGGCCGCUGCGGCCGCUGCACGCGGCUCACUGGGUCGUCAUGGAAACGGGGUUCAGACUCUACGCGGUUCCGAGUCUCGUGCGGGUAGACACACGCCGGUAUCGAAUCAGGGUCUACACGAGCAGCCACCAGCAUCGGGAUCGACGAUGCUCGUAGCCGAGGACGGGUUCGUUCGGUUUCGUAGCCUCGGCGCCGAGGAGGAUGACCUCUCGGACUCCCAGAGUAUCGUCGGUACCCACGGCAGAGGUAGUUCCUUGGCUGGUAGCGUGCGCUACAACGCGAGGCAUCCCUCUGCCACUGCUACUACACUGCAGCAUCAGCAUCCGCACCAGCAUCAGCACUCGCAUCAGCAUCAGCAUCCGCACUCCGGCCAGGCUCAUCAUCAUCAGGGACAUCACCAGAGUCAUCAUCAGCUCUACAAUAACACGUAGAAUACAUAACGGUCAUCUAGGUUCUUGAUGUCAAAACCGUUUUGUUACCCCGUGCUGCUUGUGAAAACGCUUUCAAUCUCGACUAAUGUUUGAGACGACCACGAGGACGACGAGCCAGCUAGUGAUGGAGGAUGACGGCACCGUGGAUGCAUCGGCAAUUAUUGGGAAACGGCCUGUGAGACAUCUCGAUGAUGUCGAGAAACGAAUGAGAAUUAACUUUACCUAAUUGUUGUAAGAUACGUCCCGUGUAUAGAGAACCCAUAUUUGCCCGCCCCAAUUACCCCCUAAAGAAAAGCGUCCUUCAACCCCUACGCCAAGGCGCUGCCCGAUCGACUAAUAUUUAUUUUAACUCUUGACGAGAGAGAGAGACCGAGUGAAUGAGGCAUAUAUGAGAGUGAAAGAGCAAAUGAUUAUUAUAUAUAAUGAAAUUGUACGAAUGCCUGUGAAUUAAGAGAGCGAAUGGUAUUUGAGCGCGUGAUCGACUGCAUCCAAGACAGAAUAUAAGUGCGCGAGACCGGGCGGUGCAUCGUGCGUUUACGGAGAUAAUUUCUCAGGAGCCACGAUACUCGGCACUUGGUACUUAAUACGUUCCUUGCAAUUGCGAAAACUGAUAUAUCGUUCAUUUCGAACAAGUAGACCGCUUACUUCGACUUUCGAUGUAUCCGAGAUCCGGCGACACGGCGUGUUUCCAAAGGAACGAAAUAGAGAGUCAGAGAGGAGGGAGAAAGGAGAGAGAGAGAGAGAGACAAGAAGAAACAAAAGAAAAUUAACCCAUGGCAACACGUCGUGGAUCGUGGAUAUAUUUUUAAGUGAUAUACGACCAAGGGGGUCCAAACAAAAUAAAACUACGUCGCCAACUUUGUAAUUCCGUGACUAGCUUCGUUUUCGGGCCAUUCGGAAUGUAAGGUAGGCGUGAGGUUGCGUGCGCGCAUGCGCACAGGCCAAAGCACUAAGAACCAGCGCGAGGACUCGCGUUUUGUACAGUCGGCACUAAUUUAUAGCUCCUUUCGCACCUCCCCUUAAGUUUCAGUUUACGUCUUAAGCGGAUAGAUUUAAGUUUCACGAUUACACGCUAAGUUACGUCUGCGUUACGAUUAAGUUAUCCAAGGAGAGAGAGAGAGAGAGAGAGAGAGUGUACGAAUGAACGAAUGAAUACGAGAGAGACGAACUGCGCUUCACCCAUCCACGACCAAUAAUUGUAUCUGACACGAUGCUUCACCUUUCCGGUAUACAUUUUUCAUAUAAUUUAAAAAAUUGUAUUUUUUCAUCCUUUCAAGAGAGCCUCCUCUUGGCUUUUACUCUAUUGGUUAUAUCUUCUCUUUGAGAAUUUUCCUCUUUGCCUCUUCAAGACCUUUUAACUUCUCUUACCUUUGCAUCUGGCCUCCCAAACAAACCCAGCCUAGCGUGAGAGUCGCGCGCACCGAUGCCACCUACAGUUUGUCUUUCGCGUUUACGUGUAUCCAACAGAUAUACGUGUACGAGCUCUUCGCCAGUCAAAGCCGACGGCGGUCAAUACGAUUUAAUCCGAUUCCUAGCUCCGGAGAGUCCCUUUGAAACAGACGGUUUCUCCGUCGUCAUGGUACCUUCCGGAAGUCCGUCGACUCUUCAAUUAAUUCUACGUCGGAUGGUAUAUUUAUUUUGUUCCCGAUACCCUGACGAGUAGACGCUCCCCUUGUCCGUCUCCCUCGCAUCUGGCAAGACCAGAGGGAGCAGGUAACGGGGAGGAGUUUUCAGUUCUCAUUCUCCCUUUAUCAUUCUGUUUUAAGUUCUUCGUUUAUCUUUUGCCCGGAGUCCUACCCCCGCAUUUUUAUACGUCCAAUUAUAACGCCCCCCGGUCGGCGCGUCUGCUACUUUCUUUUUGUUUUUUUUCAUCGUCUCGCGAAUCAGCUGGGAAAUCGGGGAUCUGGCCGAUUUAUUUUUUCUUUCUCCAUUCCAUUUUCGUUUGACUUUUUAAUCUUCAGUCAACCAGGAGCUUACGACACGGGCGCACCGCAAAGAGUGUCCGACCCACCUGGUGUGGUGGAAUUAUUUUAUUUUUUUUUUUUUUUUUUGAAUGUAUAUCUGUACUAUAUUGGGUAUAUUGUAAAGGAGUAACGUUGUGCGUGCAAGACGUGACAUUAUGUGUAUGUGCGUGGCUGUGCGUGAAUCGAGAUGUGAUGCGUUCCAUUGAAUCGAGGGAGUUUAGAGAGAUACAAAAAGAAUUAUGUAAUUAUUUCAUUUUUGCGGACAGGGAACGUCUGGCUAUCGCGAGACGCAUUCCUCCGCGCGUGCGCGAGAGCUACUAUUUGAACCCUUUUGUUUUGUUCCCCUUCGAGAAGCAUCGCGUAGCUUCGGUUCUAAAUAAUGCAUAUCGUUGUAAAGCUUGCGAGCGAAUUAUUCGCCGGUUUACGAGCGUUCGUCAUAUGCUUCGAGGUAAGCGAUUGACAUGGUGCAUGAAUGGAGUUACUGUGAUGUAUAAUAUUUGAUAUGCAGGCACAGGAGCUCUGAUGUGAAUGAGAGAGGGGAUGAAUGUAAAUGGAAAAGAAGUACGGAUAUGCACUGGAAUAUAAAAUUUAUAAAAAAAAAAAAGAAACGUGAGCCACUCGUUGUCGAGUACACCUAUUUACGUAUAACGAGGGGGAGACAUAGGGAGGACAGUGGGUCUUCGUGUUUUACAUCGAGUUGCUGGAUACGCGAGAGAAAAGAGUCCAAUUUUAAAAUAGCAAUGGGAUGCAGCGUCCAAAUACCGAAGACUUCUCGAUAACGAUAUACGAUAACUCCGGAACACGAAAUUACGAAUGCUUAAUCGGAAUCUGUAAAAAAGAAACCUGUAUGAUAUCUGUACAAAAUUAAUAGAAGUGAUAUAAACAAAUGUGA